GAGAGAGAGAGGAGAGAAAAAGAAAAGGAGAGCUGGAGCUGCUCGCGAGAACUCGGCCGGGGUGCUAUCUAGACAGUGACAAGUUUCCGCGAACGCGACUUCGGGACCUCGGGGUGCCGCAAUCCGCCGCAGCCGUGGACACGAGAACAACCGUCACCCUGGAGCCCACGUGCCAGAAACGACGAAAAUGUGAGGCCGACGGGAAGGAGGCGAAGGCGGAGCUGACGGCGCAACGCAAUAUGUUCCCUAGCGCUCAAAUUAAAAUGAGAUUGCUGUCGCCAAGCAGUUCGCCGGCCACUUCGCCUACGAUGUCAAAUUCCUCGUCGCCAACACCACCGACGCCGGCGGCCCCGGCUUACAACCAGAAGAUGACCGGUAUUCCGUGCGUAGCGGCCGCUUCGAGGUACACGGCACCGGUCCACAUCGACGUCGGCGGCACGAUAUACACGUCCUCUCUCGAGACCUUAACCAAGUAUCCGGAAUCCAGACUAGCGAAAUUGUUCAACGGCAGCAUCCCCAUCGUUCUGGACUCGCUGAAGCAGCAUUACUUCAUCGACCGAGACGGCGGUAUGUUUCGGCAUAUAUUGAACUUCAUGCGGAAUUCCCGGCUGCUGAUACCCGACAACUUCGCCGACCUGGAUCUGCUGCUGGAAGAGGCGCGAUACUUCGACAUAGCGCCGAUGUGCCGGCAGCUGGAGCAGAUGAAGAAGGAGCGCAUCAAGAACGGCUCGACGACGACGAUGUCGUCGUCGUCGCCGAGCCCGCCUCCGGCCGGGCAACACGUUGGCCGCGGAGGCACUACCGCGUGCACCACCGCGCCGUGCAACCGCGACCCGGAGAAGAUGCGCGGCAACGACGGCAACUGCAGCUACGAGUGCGUGGCGCUGCACGUGAGCCCGGACCUGGGCGAACGGGUGAUGCUGUCGGGCGGGCGCGCCCUCCUGGACGAGGUGUUCCCGGAGACGACGCAGGCGGUGAUCGACGCGCGCUCCGGGGUCGCCUGGCACCAGCAAGACGCCCGCCACGUCAUCCGCUUCCCGCUCAACGGCUACUGUAAGCUGAACUUGGUGCAGGCGAUCACCAGGCUGCUGAACGCCGGCUUCCGGGUGGUCGCGAGCAACGGCGGCGGCGUCGAGGGCCAGCAGUUCUCGGAGUACCUGUUCGUCAGGCAGACCGUCAACACCUGACGGAGUAACGCGAACCACCACUACAACCACCACCACCACCACCAUCACAACCUCCACCAACAGCGCAAGACGAUCUCCAGGUCGACCGGGCGUUGCCCGCAGCGCGACCAUGAGCCGGAGUGAGUUCUGCAACCGCGACACACUCCCGGAGAGGAGCUCUCCCAUUCAAGACUGCAUCACGGAUCGUUUCAUCACGGAGCGUCUCGGACACACGAGGACACAAGGCUGACGAGGAGAGGACACCCCGCAACUGUCGCGCGGAUAUCUACGAUGGCUUGAAGCAUCGUUUUGUACGAGUGAUCAGAUUCUCGCGAAAUUUCCCCUUCGAAAUUUCUCCUCGAGCGGUAGGGCGGCUACCAGCCGAGUCUCCGGGAAAUUCGAGCGAUUCUUCAUUCACACGGGGUGAAUUCGUUCACUCCGAGCCGUCGGGUGAGCAUUUCCGCGCGGGAUUCACGAGUCGCUGCGACAAAUUCGCAUUAAUCGAUCGGAACGUUCACUCUGAGUUCGAACCAAGCGUUCAUCCGUGGGACUCCGAGUGCCGGUAUUUCCACCACGUGUCAGUUCGAGCGGAUUCUCGCUGGUUUCAAGUGAGAUUUCAUUGCGAGAAAUUUGGAGGGUAGGAUAAAAUGAGAGAAAAGGCAUGUGUAAAUUAUGGGAGUAAAUUCGAAGAAAUCGGGAAGGUGAGGAGGGGUGAGGCAAAUCGGUACGUGGCUAUUUCGGCACGACGGCAGCGUUGCUCGUCGGAGAACGUUACAAUUGACGUGAUACUAGUUAGGGCUGAGCUUUAUGAUGUAAAUUGAUGACAAAUCGGCGGCGCUCCCGGGCGAGGAGUCGCUGAAACGGCGUCGAGCGGCAGUUGCGACGAUUGCGAAACGUUACGUGGCGGAUGUGGCUUGAAACGGAUCGUUGUUGGUCGCCACGGCGAUCGAAUGCGAAUGCAUUGCGAAAUUAGGUGUGUAAUUUUAAGGCGAGCAUCACUCCCGACUCAACGAUGCACACGAUUCCCGUCGUUAACGGCGAUCGCAUUGAAGUCACAUCUCAGCGAGAAGACCGUACGCGGCGCGAACCCGACGAUGGCAACGAUGUACCGCGCGACUCUCAUCUUGACUUUGAAGCCUAAACCGUAAUAUUAAUCGUAUACACAUCGCAAUUUCGUGUUUCCCCCACCUGGUUCAUUGUAAAAAUGCACGUAUCACCGGAACGAAAAAUCCUAGCCGUAACGCAGCGUAAGGAACGAAAUAAACGCUUCCGUCUCUCUCUCACACACACAUCCGACUUCUGCACGAUUUUAACGCUGUCCGGAAUGGAAUGCCCAAUUCCACACGUACACACUUAUGCACGCACACACGCGCGCGCAUGCAUACGCACAUACAUGCAUACACACACACGCCUACACAUCGUUGUCCAUUCCUCGCAUUACGAGCGACUUGCGUUUGAGAAUAUCGAGUGCGUCGAUCUUUAAAACAUUGUUAUAUUAUUUAAUAAAGUGUACCUAUAUGUAUUUAAAUGCUAUACUAAUUACUGUAAAUAUCGCGAAUAAAUGUGUAUAUACAUACACACAAACACGCAUAUAUAUAAAUAAAUAUAUGGAUAUACACGCAUACACACGUGAAUAGGGUGUUUAAUUUUAAGUGAUACGGUUGAUCGUCUUGA